AUGCCUCGCGAGGGGACGACAGCUGACCCUGUGCUUGCUUUAACACUCGCUACCGCCUUCUGCGACCUCGAUACUCGUCCUCGACCAUCCGCGCAACCCGACCGUGCCGCCGUCGCUGUUCUCUCGACCCCUCGCCCCGACCUCCCUUUCCCUCAUCUCUCCGUGUUCUUUCGACUCGCCAACUGCUUCCGCUGCGCUACUGACCCUUGCGAACGAUCUCGCGCCCACUCUGCUCCGACCGACACACCACCCACUCCAGAAGAAAGAAGAAGAAGAGAAAUGGCGUUCGCCCAGCCCUUCCCGAUGAACCGCCGCGGCUGCUUCGUCUGCGGCAAGCCCGGCCACAUCGCCGCCGCGUGCACCUCGACCGAGAGGCUCUGCUUCAACUGUGGCGAGCCUGGACACGAGUCGAACGCUUGCCCGAACCCGAAGGUGUCGGACAACAAGCAGUGCUACUCGUGCGGCGGAAUGGGCCACCUGGCGGCUGACUGCCCGAGCAUCCGCGUCGCUGCCACCCUCAGCGCCGCGGGCCCGAAGUGCUACAACUGCCAGCAGUUUGGCCACAUCGCCCGUUCGUGCCCCAACGCCACCGUCGAAGCCGGCGCCGGCGUCGGCGUCGACGGCGUCGCUCCCGUCGCGCCCGUCCCCGUCGCGGCUCGUCCCCUCGGCGCGCGUGUCGGAGGCUUCGCUCCUCGCGGUGGGUUCCGUGGUGGAUUCAUGGGCGCGCGUGGUGGAUUCAUGGGCGCUCAGGUGGGUGGUCGCGGCCGCUGCUACGGAUGCGGCGGGUUCGGACACGUCGUCGCUACGUGCCCGACGGCUGCUGCUUUCGGCGCGCCCCGCGGUCCCAAGACGUGCUACAAGUGCCAGCAGGAGGGCCACAUCGCCCGCGACUGCCCGCUCAACGCCGUCCCCGCCGAGACCGCCACCAUCGCCUAA